CACCGUUCUUUCUGUCGCGCUCCUUCCCACGAUGCAGGUUCACGCAGUUCCGGAUGCUGAGCGCGUCCACGACUCCCUUGGGCGCCAGCUCCCCUGGGGUUUCGAAUAUGCCGACUCCGAUCACAACCAGCGUCGCCUGCCAGAAGAGAAGGGUCCGUUCGGAAAGUCGACGAGAGGGAGGCUGGGCAAGUCACGAAGCAAGACAGCGACCCCUGCGCGAACUGUCGACCAAGCGAAGCUCGAGAACUUGCGCGCCAUCGACGACAUAUUUACCGCCUUCAAGAACGAGUCCAAGAGCAAGGAGAGCCAGACAAGUCCAAGGAAACCAGGUGGAGGGCUCGCAGCUUCGCAAUCGGCGCCGAACCUCGACAUCGGCGGAGCCAACGCUACGGCUGGUGCUCAGCAAACAGUCUCUGGGGAGCCGACGCCUGUGAUCCUGUAUGGAUACGGGAGCGAUCUACAAUGGGCAGCGAUUGAUCACUAUGAAAAGGUAUCCAACGGAUUCAUCUACGAAGAAUAUGAGCGCAAUCCCACACAACAGAGAUACAACCUUUCCUUGAGUCUCCAUCGGUCAGCCGCGCAACGAACUCUCACAAAAGAAGCCCUUCGGAAAACCAACCAGUUCGUUGGAGGCCAUCACUGGAUCAAAGUCACUUUCGAUUCGCCAGAGUCCGCUGAACGCGCCUGUCAUUAUUCACCGCACGUAAUUCAUGGGUAUCAGGUUCAUGCAGAGAGAUAUAGAGGGACUGGACCAAACGCGGAUGUUGCCUUUCCAGCUACGACUGGGCUGUUCUCUUCGCAAACUAGCUCGCCAAAUCCGUCCUCAACAACACUUCCUGCGGCAUCACAGUCACAGACCUCCGAGACUGCGUCAUCCGCGACAGCAACCGCGUCGAUACCAGCUUCUACGGUCCAGACUACCAGUAGUCGGAGUGUCGCAGGAGCGAGAGUGGGAGGUGUCCAAGGUAAUCAAGCACAUGCCAUCGAGCCUGCACGCGCAGUUGCAUCGGGCGCGCAACGGGAACCAGCCCGACAACCCACCCUCCGGAUCAAGAAUGCCAAAUUAGGAAAGAUGCUGUCAGCGGAGCAAGCGCUCCUUCCAGCGGCUCCCCUCUGGCAACAGACAAUGAGAAGUGUACCCGUGCUCGGCUGGGUGUUUGGCAGUGGACAUGAAAUCAUCGGCAAUCAAGUGCCGCGUAAGGCGGAUGGGGCUUUCGACUCCGAUGGUGCGAGCGUCUACUGGAAGUUCUGGUACAUGAUCGAUUCUUGUUUCGGGACCGACUUCUGUGGUGUUCGGGGAGACGAAGAUGACUAGAGACCUGGUCUCGGCAGCUGGGAGUUACGGAAGGGGCUGGCUAGGAAGGUUUUGCAUUUUUGCAUGGCAUGGCGUUUCUGGUAGACCGUAUAUUUGGCAGGCACACUGGCAUCUCGACAUCUCUUUGACUCCAAGUUGGAAGCGUUUAAGCUACGUUGCGGGCUACCAUACUUCAGAAUACCCGCUUCAUUCUGUAUACAUUGAUAUGAAAUCAAGAAUGAUACAACUCUGUUCUUCUCCACUGCAAACUCUUUGAAGCGAUUCGAGGCAUCCACGACAGUAGCAGGAAGUUGUGUACAGAUCCUAUG